CUUCACCUCAAUGAAUCUAAGGAGUCCAUUAUAAUUAACACAAACCAGAUAACUUAAGAUUGACUUUUACAUUUAACAAAAAUGGAUAACUGGGCCACUAAAACAAAAAUUUGGAUUGUCCGCCGCUAUCACGCGCUGGAGUCCGUAGUUUCGGUUCAAAGAGAGUAUAGGCGCACGUUUGGCGGCAAUCCUCCGAGCAGAUGGACCAUAAUCAACAGAAGACCUUACCAUCGAAACCCUUCAGUUCGAACGGAGGAAACAAUCGCUGCUGUAGCUGCUGCCAUACAAAACAAUCCACGUGUUUCGACAAGAAGCUUAUCUGCUCAAAUGGGUGUAAGCAGACAGUCAUUACAGUCAAUUAUGCACAAAGAUUUGGACUUAUUCCCAUAAUAAAUUCAAAUGGCCAACAAACUGAACGCUGCGGACUUGCCGAUUCGCUUGGAAUUUUGCCAAAAGAUGCUUCAAAUGGUGAAAGAGGAAGGAAACAUGUUUAACUGUCUUUUCAAGUCUGACGAGGCCCAUUUCGAUUUAAACGGCAACAUAAACGAACAAAAUUGUCGAAUAUGGAGUGCUUUCAACCCACAGAUACUCCAUGAGACGGAAUUGCAUCCACUUCGUGUUACAGUGCGGUGUGCAGUUUCAUCACGCUGCAUUGGCGGGCCCUACUUCUUCGAAGAAAACGGUCACACCGUUACGGUUACUGGAGACCGUUACUUGAGCAUGUUGAGAGAGUUUUUCUAUCCAGAAUUACGCCGAAUGGGAAUUUCUUUCAACUCUGUGUGGUUUCAGCAAGAUGGCGCAGCUCCUCACAUAGCCCAACCUGUUAUGACAGAAUUGCGACGAAAGUUUCCCAAUAAGCUCAUAUCCAGAAACUCGACAUUCCGUUGGCCACCCAGGUCGCCUGACCUUACUGCACCUGACUUUUUCUUGUGGGGUUAUUGCAAACAGGAAGUCUACAAAGCAAAACCAACAAAUUUGAAUGAACUAUGGCAAUCCAUUCGAGAAACAAUUGCGGCUAUUCCUGUCUCAACUCUCCAAGCAGUAAUGAACAACUUUUUGGUAAGAUGCCGCACAUGCAUCAACGAGCAGGGGGGCAUUUAAAUUCCAUUAUUUUUAAAACUAAUUAAGCUAUAUUUAAUAAAAUUGAAUGAGCUUUAACAUGAAUAAAAGAAAAAUGAAU